AUGAAGACCCUUUACAAUAUCCUGCUCAUCGUUGCCGGCGUCGGACUCGCUUCGUUUGGAGAGAUUGAGUUCUCAUGGAUCGGUUUCGUUUUCCAGAUGGGCGGUAUUGUCUUUGAAGCUGUUCGUCUAGUCAUGAUCCAGGUUCUGCUCAAGGGCGACGAGAACGUGCAGAAGAUGGAUCCCCUCCUCAGUCUCUAUUAUUAUGCCCCGGUUUGUGCUGUGAUGAAUUUCAUCGUCGCCUGGGCUAGCGAAUUCAGCACCUUCGAAAUGCAAGACCUUCAAAGGACGGGGGUCUUCAUGCUACUGCUUAAUGCUGGUGUCGCAUUUAUGCUCAAUGUCUCGAGCGUCUUCCUGAUCAGCAAAACGUCCGGCCUUGUCAUGACCCUGAGCGGCAUCUUCAAGAACAUACUUCUCAUUAUCGCUGCAAUCUUUAUCUGGCAUAUAAGUGUAACAUUCAUGCAAUUCGUUGGCUACGCAAUCGCCCUAUUUGGCCUAGUCAUUUACUCAGUUGGCUGGGACCAGCUCAAGAUUUCGGGUGCUAGUAAUUCCACUUGGAUCCACGCUAUAUGGAACUCAAAAGCCUUUGACGAAGACCGUCUCUCUCCAGCACUCCGACGGACUAUAUCUAUUGGACUGGUCAUGAUUAUAACCGUCAUGUUGGUGCUGGGCUUUGGUAAAAAUGGGGCGGUGGCACCGUAA